GUUAGAUGAUGUUGGUGAACUUUGGCGAAUUUUGUCGUCUGCACUGCAGUGACAGCUUAAAUCCUAAACACUAAACCUAACCUUCAUUAAUCAAUUGAAAAAAGUCCAAAUGAAUUCUUUUCGAAAGGCGUUGAAGGACGCUAAAAAUGUAUUAAUUUUAACCGGAGCUGGAGUGUCGGCUGAAUCCGGCGUCCCAACGUUUCGAGGUUCCGGCGGCUUCUGGAGGACUUAUCAAGCACAGAAUCUUGCUACACCUCAGGCUUUUUCAGCCAAUCCAUCUCUAGUUUGGGAAUUCUAUCAUUACAGACGAGAACUAGUUCUGAAAGUUGAGCCGAAUCAGGCACACAAGGCAAUAGCGGAAUUUGAACAGCGAAUGAGAAAUCAUGGUAAUACUGUUACGAUAUUAACGCAGAAUAUCGAUGGCCUUCAUCAGUGUGCCGGUUCGGACAAUGUCAUAGAGCUACACGGUUCUCUUUACAAAACAAGAUGCACAAAGUGCAAGGAAGUCGUCGAGGACAGAAGCAGCCCAAUCUGUCCAGCCCUCGAGGGAAAGGGGUACUGAGAAAGCUCCUGACCCUACUGCAAAAUCACUGCCUAUUCCUGUCAAUGAAUUGCCGAGAUGUAAAAAAUCCACAUGCAAGGGUUUGCUCAGGCCGGACAUUGUAUGGUUUGGCGAAAACUUGGAUAGAAACGUG